AUGUUCCAUAAUUUUUUUAGGAGGAGCCCCCGUCGUAUAUUGGAUUUUGACCAAGCAAGCGCUGGAUCAGCUGAAAGUGCCGCACGGGAUCUCCCACGGGAGCGCCAUAUUUUCCAGUUUGAUGAGGCGAGUUUGAAUUCCACCAAUAGUUCUUUUCCUACCGCCACAACAAGUUCUGUUAGAACUCUGACAGAAAGAUCCAAUGGUAGUGUAGUUAAUGAAAAUGAGGUGGGUUCAACUGUUGGAAUUUAUGACCAUCCAGGUCUUAAUCCCACCGAUGAAAAGGUGGUGGAAUUACAAGCGGCUAUACACGAGGAAAUGCAGAGAUUGAUGAUUGGUAGGGAUCCCCACGAAGUUAUGACUGCGGCCGAACGUGUGCAUGGGGAAAGCAAUAAUCCUGAAUUUAUGGAAGAGCAGUACCAGGAUUUGGUGCAAAAUGGGACUGCAAGUGAAGCCUUCCAGAUAGGAGUGCAGGGGAUCCCUGCCAAUCCAGGGGAAGUCGGCCCAGCCAAUGGGGAUUUAGCGGGCGGCAGUUUUUUUGAGGACUUUUUGGGGAGCCCACUGGAUCAAUUUGCCAUUUACCCCUACAUUCCUCUUCAUAUGGGCCAGUUUUAUUUAUCAUUCACAAAUCUAUCCUUGUCUAUGCUGCUGGCUGUCGGUUUGGUCCUACUUCUGUUUUUUGUUGUUACGAAAAAGGGAGGUGGAAAGUCAGUGCCAAAUGCAUUACAAUCCUUGGUCGAGCUAAUUUAUGAUUUCGUGCUGAACCUGGUAAACGAACAAAUAGGUGGUCUUUCCGGAAAUGUGAAACAAAAGUUUUUCCCUCGCAUCUCGGUCACUUUUACUUUUUCGUUAUUUCGUAACCCCCAGGGUAUGAUACCCUUUAGCUUCACAGUGACAAGUCAUUUUCUCAUUACUUUGGCUCUUUCAUUUUCCAUUUUUAUAGGCAUUACGAUCAUUGGAUUUCAAAGACAUGGGCUUCAUUUUUUUAGCUUCUUAUUACCUGCGGGAGUCCCACUUCCGUUAGCACCCUUCUUAGUACUCCUUGAGCUAAUCUCUUAUUGUUUUCGUGCAUUAAGCUUAGGAAUAUGUUUAUUUGCUAAUAUGAUGGCCGGUCAUAGUUUAGUAAAGAUUUUAAGUGGGUUUGCUUGGACUAUGCUAUUUCUGAAUAAUAUUUUCUAUUUCAUAGGAGAUCUUGGUCCCUUAUUUAUAGUUCUAGCAUUAACCGGUCUGGAAUUAGGUGUAGCUAUAUCACAAGCUCAUGUUUCUACGAUCUCAAUUUGCAUUUACUUGAAUGAUGCUAUAAAUCUCCAUUAAAAUGAGUCAUUUCAUAAUUGAAUAAAAACGAGGAGCCGAA